AUGUUAAAAUUUAAAAACUCAAAACUAAUAAGUGUCAGCAGUUAUAACUAUAUCGUUAGAAACUAUGUCGGUAGUAACUUGGAUGGAAGAAAACAACAAGAAGAAGUCGAAAAAGAUUGGUUUAAACCAAAUCAAGUGUUGAAAAAGUAUCAUGAUGACCUGAUUGCCAAGGAGCUACCGCAUGUUGUCUAUCUAGAGGGACCCAGUGGUAGUGGUAAAGCGCAACUACUCGAAAGACUACACAAACUAGGCUAUGAAACCAUAGCACAACCCUACCUACACUUCACAAUGGAACCGGUCAACCAAAAACCAUCAAAAACACAACAAACCAAUUGGGCCAACGAUAUAAACAAUCAAAUCAAUAGAUUUCUUCAAAAAAAACAAUCGAUCAAAAAUGGAUUGAUAUUUGUACAUAGAUCACCACUUUUUAGUUCCACACUCUAUUCGAACCUUUGUGAAUUUGAAGAUGUCGAUAAGGCAGUCAGUCAUAUCAAUUCAGAAUAUAAAGAAAAUAGCAAUAAUAACGAUAACUAUGGUGAAUCGAUCAUCUAUUGUAAAACACCAGAAGAACUAAUAGAGCAAAGAGUACAAGGAAGAUACUUUAAUAGUGAUGAUGUUGAUAUAAAUAAAACAAUGAAAGCAUUGAAACAAUCAAUAGAUGUAUAUGAUAGGAUCGAAAAGGAAAACAAUAUAUUUAGAGCGACAUUGGACACAACUUCAGUCAAACAAUCAUGUCCUGGUAUAUUAGCAAUGUUUGAUAUAUAUUUCACACUCUCACCAAAGUUUCAAUCGAUUUUAAAUUUAAAGAAAUAA